UUGAAUUUAUCAACGAUAACAUUAUUUAAUAGUGUGUUGGCUACUUGCUUUUGAAAAUGUUGUUAUCAAAGAGAGUUCAAGGAGUUCUUGCAAAGCAAGAUUUUUUGCUCAAGUACAUGUUGUUGGCAAAUUCUGAUUUGUAUGAUGAAAAAGAAAAUCCAAAGGGCUAUAUCAACUUGGGAACUGCUAUAAGUAACCUUUCAUGUGACAUCCUUAUUGAAAAACUAAAUGACGAAGGAAUUUGGAAGUUUGAUUCCAGUUUACAACAUUAUUUUGAAUGUUAUGGCAUUCCUAGGUUGCGAUCUGCCAUGGCCAAUUUCAUGAAUAACUCAUUAUGUUAA